AUGAAGCCUACCGUGCCCGUUCUGCUGUGCCUGGGGCUGAGUCUGCCAAUGGGGCUGCAAGGACCCGCAGAAGUACCAUCUGUACAGAGAAGAAAGAUCAAGGACCUUGGAACCAUCAAUCCUACUCCCAACAAGGCCGAGUUCCCCAUCUCAUCCCUGACAAAAGAUGAUGCAGGGCGAUAUCGCUGCUCCUAUCACAGCCCUGCUGGCUGGUCAAACCACAGUGACCCACUGGAGCUGGUGGUGACAGGAGUCUCCAGCAAACCCAGCCUCACAGCCCUGCCCAGCCCUGAGGUGACCUCAGGAGACAAGGUGACCCUCCAGUGUAGCACGAGGCAACAAUUUGACAGGUUCAUUCUGACCAAGGAAGGAGAAGACAAGCUCUCGUGGACCCUGGCCUCAGGGCGACUUCCCAAUGGAACGUUCCAGGCCCUGUUCCCUGUGGGCCCCGUGAAUACAGGACAAAGAUGGACACUGAGAUGCUACGGCUAUUACAGAAGAAGUCCCCAGGUGUGGUCCACAGCCAGUGACCCCCUGGAGCUCCUGGUCUCAGGACCAGUGGAGACUGUCAGCCCAUCACAAACCCAGUCACACUCCAAACCUGGAAGUUUUAUCAACAUGUACCUGAGGAAUUGUACUGAUAUCCAACUCCCCAACAGGAAGACUGUCCGAAUCCCAGGAUCCUCUAAUGUGACCGGGUCGCUCUCUGUGUCCCUGGGGCAGUAG